CGCCUCCCGCCGUUCGCGGGCCGGGUUCAGCCGCCGGAGAAAGGCGGCCCCGGCACCGACCGGGCGGGCGCCCGCCCUGCAACCGACCGCCAUCCGCCCGCCCGCCCGCCUCUUCGUCCGUCUGUCCAUCCAUCCAUCCAUCCAUCCAGUGAAACUGGGUGUCCUGGAGAAUGGUGGUGCCCGGGAAUGCCCCGCUCAUCCAGCAGGACCCCGCUCUGGAGCCUGCCUUAGGGAGAGCCCCCCCAGAGCACUCGGCCAUGGGCCCCGGCACGGAACCGCUGCCAGAGGAGGUGGGACCAGAGGUGCUGAAGUUGCAGGAGCUCAUCAGGAGGCUGGAGCUGGACAAUCAGCAUGCCAGGACCAGGAGCAGCAGGAAUAUGCUAGGGACAAAUGUGCCAGGGGACAUCCAUCCUGGGGUGGAAAACCACGAGCCCGGCCUGAGUGGGAUGGAGAUCAACAGCAGCAUCAAUACCAUCACUGACAAGCAGGAAUUGCAGCUCAUGGCGGAUCUGCACAGCCAGCUGAGCAAAAUGARGCAAGAGGAAGGAGAGAACGACUGCCUAAAAAGGGCCCCCGAUGCCCAAAUACAGCACAGCUGCCACAGUGUCCCGGAGGAGGUGUCUCCCAGUGGGAAGCAGAGCCAUGGGAGAGAAGGGUUUCUCUCACCUGUGGAUACAAGUAACAGCUCGGAGCUGCUGGGGGGCCUGGUUAUGGCAGGGAUCCAUGCCUCAGCUGGAAUCCAGGAACAGAAUCCCAGUGAAAAGUGUGCAGAUCUAGAGAGCCUUCCCAGUAACUUAUAUCUGGAUGAAGUCGAGGUGUUAGAACUGGACAGUGGCCCCGAAGARGACGAUUGCUGGCUCUAUGUGUCUGCAAGGAAAUCCAAGAAAACAACCUCUCCUUUGGAAUGGUGCCGGCAGGUGCUGGAUAACCCCAGCCCCGAGACUGAGGCUGCCUGCAGAGCUCUCAUCAACAGGCUCGACCAAGCCAAUAGAUGGAAAAACCUGUAUUGCAGCCCCCUGGCAUCUCCCAGCGCACAUAACUUGAAUUCCGAGGCAGGCUCCUGUAGCAAUGCACUAAAUUCUCCUGGGCACCUCAAAUCGACUAACAAAGCACUACUAACCAGUGGCAGCUCAGGGUAUCUGAGCAUGCACUCGGCACUGAGCUCCCAGUCAUCGGUGGACAGCGAGCUGAGCACCUCGGAUGACUCCAUCUCCAUGGGAUACAAACUGCAGGACCUCACUGAUGUUCAGGUCAUGGCACGGCUGCAGGAAGAGAGCCUGCGGCAGGACUGUGCCUCCAGCUCCGCCUCCGUGUCCCGGCGAAGCUCCAGCGCCUCCCUGCACUCACUGCGCCACGGCGCCUACAGCGACCAGGAGUUCGACACCUACAGCCUGGAGGACGAGGAUGACUGUGAUGGCUCGCUGCCCUAUCGCAGUGCCCASAGAUACUCCCCGUCCCCGCUGAGCUCCCCGCGCUGCCAGUCCCCCUCAUCGGGCGGGGAUUUUGGCAGGAGCUCGGCUUCCCGGCUGCGUGCCCCCCGUAGGGCCAUACAGAACCCCAUGCAGGAGCGCCUCAAGUACGCCAACAGCGAAGAGGAGCUGAGGCACAGCAUGCCCAACCUGGCCAGGAGCAGCCUGCGUGCGCUCGAGGCUGUGCGGAGCAGCCGCAGCCUGGAGUCUGACCUGCAGGUGCCCACCAGCCGAAUUCCCAGGACUCAGCAGCGGUCAGCAGGUCUGGCUCCCAGCAAGCUCAGGUAUUCCUCRGGGGCCGGGCAGUCCCUGCUGGCGGGGCGCCAGCCCGGCAAGGCGGCCUCAGGAACCAGCUCCUUGCUGUCCGGUAGGCAGGUGGUGAAACCCUGCAGCUACACUGCUCCUGUCUCCGGGGUCCGGAAGCCACAGCUCCACACGGGCUCUGCCAGCAGCAGCAGUUGCACUUCCAGAACCACCAACAUGGUCACUGUGGCCAAAAGUUCCACCCUGAAAGCCCGGACGGCCGUGGGGGGGAUGGCAGUGCCCAAGGGAAGGGCAGUGCCCCCGUCCCAGAGGUCCCUCCAGGCAGCACAGAACCCGCAGGCCUCCGAGGAUGACUCCUGGAAGGAUGGCUGCUACUGACACCCCCCGAGGCCUCCGUGGAGCAGAUCCCAGCUGGCUGGGCACGACCUCACUGCAAAAGGCAGCUGAGCCCUUCUCCCUGCAGACUGCUGUACAUAUUCCUCCUUCCUGUGCUCUCACCAUUCACCUCUGCUCUGCCAAGAGCCAGUGCUGGGACAGACGGCUCCAACACUCCACUGAGCCCUGAGUCUUCCCAGGAAGACUGAAAAAGCCUUAUUUCAUCCACACCCCUGCCUGUAGCCCUUGGGAAGAUCUGUCACCAUCCCCUCCCAGGGACGCUGCGAAGGCUGGGGUGUCCUCUCUGUGCCAGAAGCAGCUCUGAGCUGGUGCUGUGGCAGAGCUCGUGGAGAGUAGAAAUAGUGACAUAGGUGUUAGAAUUGAGCCUUAAAAUCCAACCUGAUGUACUCUAAUAUCUGUCUGAAACUCCACUGGGUUUGGUUUGGGGUUUUUUUUUUCACUUCUGUAUAGAAUGUAUUUCUGCUAUUUUUCAUUGUUUGGUCUAGAGCAGCAGCAGGUUUUUGUAACUGUAGAACAUUUUGAGCUGUUGUAUCCAGGUGUCAGCACAGGUCACAAGGAGCAGUACACAAUAUUUGUGUGAGAUGUGAACAGGCAGGGACAGCAAUGCCAGUUACAAACUGCUGAUCACCAGCACCUUCUUACCUCAGCUGAGCAAGUUCAACACCAUGUAAAAGUAAACUUUUUACAAAUCACCCUCCCUGACAAAUUUGUCUUGAAGCGUUUGAGCUCUCAGUGGCUCCCAACUGCCCUGACUUUUGUAUAAGUUUUCUACUAUCUCUUAAGGAUUCUGUUCCAGUGUCCUUUYCCUCAGCAAGUGCUGGAUGCUACAAAUACAGUCUUAGUCCAGGAAAUAUGCACUGAUAGCAAUGUUCUCCCUGCCAUCAAUGUGACUUUGAUAGUGUAGUUUAAUAAAAUGUUAYGGUGCUGAAAUAAAUCUGCUUUAUUCCA